AUGGAAUCCCUUCGGAAGGAGUUUACAAGAUUAAACACCAGCGUAUGCGAGUCAAAUAAGCGUUUGGAUGCUGUCGAGCUGCGCGUGGCCGCGGUCGAGGAGCGGCUGGAUGCUCGCGCGUCUGAUCCCGCGCCCGACCGAGCGGUCACUGAACUCGUCGAUCACCUGAAAUCACAACUCAAUGAACGCGAGCAGGAGAGCCUGAUAAAUGAUAUUCAGAUAACAGGCCUACCAGAAAGUUCAGGGGAGAAUACUGAGCAUAUUGUCGGUCUGGUCUUUAAGAAAGUAGGCAUAGAUGUGGAUCACCGUGAUAUUGUAACUGUCGCGCGUAAAGGAGCUAAAAAUCCUAACAUUGUAGGCGAGCAACCGAGACCCAGACCUAUCGUUGUUCGUCUGGCCCGCACGACGGUAAAAGACAGCAUACUCAGGGCAGCGCGCGUGCGGCGUGGCCUAGACACUACAGGCAUCCUAGAAGGUCCUUCGCAGCGCAUAUAUCUGAAUGAAUACCUUACAAAGUUUAAUCGCGUAUUAUUCUAUAAGGCGCGGGAGGAGAGCCGCCGCCAUAACGCCAUAACAUUUUCAUCUCCUGUGUUAUCAUAG